AUGGUCCAUUUAAGUGAAGCUCAAGAGAAACUUAAGAAGUAUAGAGAAGACAACGAACGUAAGAGUAAAGAAGUGUUAGAAUUAUGGGAUUCAUCUGUCAAACAUAAAAUUAAGCAAUUAGGAAAUGAUCGUUACCUAGUUUUGGAACAAGUAUUAAUAGCAGCAUGUGAUUGUAACCGUAUUGAUGUGGCCAAAGUAUGUUUACAAAUGCUUCUUAAUAAAUUCCCUGACAGUCUUAGAGUGCGUAGACUGGCUAUAACAAUACUAGAAGCCGAGGAAAAAUACGAUGAAGCAUUAGAAUCUCUUGACAAACUUAUCAAAGCUGAUGAAACCAAUGCUCAAACCAGGAGACAUAAAGUCGCAAUAUUAAAAGCUAAAUGUCAGAUAAGCGAAGCCAUAAAAGAACUUGUCGAAUAUCUUAAAAAGUUUAUGGUAGACCAAGAAGGCUGGCAAGAAUUGAGCAAUUUAUACUUGUUGGAAGGAGAGUAUGCAAAAUCUGCGUAUUGUAUGGAAGAAAUGAUUCUACAUAAUUCUCAGAAUCAUUUAUAUCAUCAACGAAAUGCUGAUAUACGAUACACACAAGGAGGUGCAGAAAAUUUGGAAUUAGCGCGGGCUCAUUAUUCAUAUGCUAUUCUUCUUAACCCUAACAAUAUCCGAGCUUUGUAUGGAUUAUACUUGACUGCUCGCAGUUUGAUGUCAUCGCAAAAAAAUAAUCAAACAAAAAAAAAUACGUUCAAGAAAAUUGCUACAUUGUCAUUAAAACGAGUUGAACACAUGUACAGUGAGAAAAAGCAAUUAAAUAAGAAAAAUCAGCUGUAUGUACUUGAGACAUUAAUGGGAUCAUUGCAUUUGAGCUUAAAUUAA